AUGGCUACCAACGGCACCAACGGGACAAACGGUUCCAAGGCCAACCGCUUCCUCAUCUGGGGAGGCGAGGGCUGGGUUGCUGGCCACCUCAAGGACAUCCUCGAGAAGCAGGGCAAGGAUGUGCACACCACCGUCGUCCGCAACCAAAACCGCGAGGAGGUCCUGCAGGAGCUCGACCGGGUCAAGCCGACCCAUGUGCUCAACGCCGCCGGCUGCACGGGUCGUCCCAAUGUCGACUGGUGCGAGGACCACAAGGAGGAGACGAUGCGAUCCAACGUCAUUGGCACUCUCAACCUGACCGACUGCUGUUAUCUCAAGGGCAUCCACUGCACCGUCUUCGCAACCGGCUGCAUCUACCAGUACGACGAGAAGCACCCCUGGGACGGCCCCGGCUACACCGAGACCGACCCGGCCAACUUCGCCGGCAGCUUCUACUCUGAGACCAAAGCACACGUGGAAGAGUACUACACCAACUGCCUCAUUCUGCGGUUGCGUAUGCCGGUCUCUGACGACCUUCACCCUCGCAAUUUCGUCACCAAGAUCGCCAAGUAUGACCGCGUCGUCGACAUCCCCAACAGCAACACUAUCUUGCACGAUCUGCUGCCCGCAUCGAUUCUUCUGGCCGAGCAUGGCGACACGGGCAUCUACAAUUUCACCAACCCUGGCGCCAUCUCGCACAACGAGGUUCUCACGCUAUUCCGGGACAUUGUCAGGCCGGGUUACACGUGGAAAAACUUCACCCUGGAGGAGCAGGCCAAGGUCAUCAAGGCCGGCCGAAGCAACUGCAAGCUGGACCACACCAAGCUCAUUAGCAAGCUCAAGGAGUACGGGUACGAGGUGCCUGAGAUCCACGACGCGUACAGGCAGUGUUUCGAGAGGAUGAAGGCUGCAGGUGGCCAGUAG